AUGUUUGGAACGACGCCGGAUGAUGUUCGAGUACUUGAACAUGCAACUGUCAAGGUUCCAUAUGAACAUUUGAAUAAACGUUACCGUCAUGCUCAAAAACAAAUUGAUCGUGAUUCAGCUUCAUUAAUGUCAAGUGUUAAUGAUUUAGAAAAAAAAAAUGGUUUUACAACAACAAAUCCGCAAGCAACAUUAGAGUGUUUGAAACUUUGUUUAGAAAAAUGCAUGACAUUAAAACGAAAAGCUCAAGAAUUGAAAGAUGAUGAAUUAGAAUGUUUAAAAAGUGUUAAACGUCGUGUUGAUCAUCUUAAAGAAUAUGAUAAAAAUUCAGCAUCAAAAUCAGAAAUAUGGCGAAAACAACGUUAUGAUAGAAUUCUUGUUGAUUUUCUAUUUCGAACAAAAUGUUUUGAAACAGCAAUGGCACUAGCAAAAGCAACUGGCGUACAAGAUCUGGUCAAUUCAGAAGUAUUUUUAACAGCUAAAGAAAUUGAAGAUUCAUUGAUGAAUCGUGAUACAAGCAAAUGUUUGGUUUGGUUUAAUGAAAAUAAAACAAAAUUAAAAAAAAAUGGCUGUACAUUAGAUUUUUGUAUCCGAUUACAAGAGUUUAUUGAAUUUAUUAAAGCUAAACGAUUGAAAGAAGCUGUAGAACAUGCUCGUAAAUAUUUAACACAAAUACCAGAAAAUCAUACAAGUGAAUUUCGAAUGGCUAUGGGUCUAUUGGUAUUAAGACAACCAAAUGCCUGUUAUCAGAGUAUGUUAGAUGAAAAUCGUUGGCAAAAAUUAGUUGAACAAUUUCGUAUUGACAAUUUGAAAUUACAUCAGAUGGGUACACAAAGUAAAUUUACAGCUGUUUUACAAAGUGGUUUAUCAGCAUUAAAAACACCUACAUGUUUCGAUAAAGUAACAUCUGUUAAAAAUCCAAAUUGUCCGGUAUGUAAUCUACAUUUGAAAGCAAUCGCAAAAUCAUUACCAUAUGCACAUUGUUCGGUAUCGAAAUUAAUUUGUGCACAUAACCGUGAACCAAUCAAUGAAUCAAAUCCACCGCUAAUGUUGCCAAAUGGUUAUGUUUAUGGUUCAAAAACACUGAAAACAAUCGCAGCAGAAAACGAUGGUAAAAUAAUAUGUCCAAGAACAAAUGAUACGUAUGAAUUGAAUCAAGCAGAAAAAGUGUAUAUCAUGUAA